AUGGAGUUGGCUCAGGGACCACUCACAAUCCAUUCCUAAAUUUCAAUGAUGCAUCAAGAACCACUUGUGUACUUGUCAAUAAAGAAUAUGCAGUUGGUGAUCUAUCCAUUCUUGCAACAUAGUAAUAAUAUAAGCCAACAACACUUUAUUAAUUUAGUUGGAAUGAAUCAACAAAUAAAUGUGUUUCAUGAAAAGCUUUCAAUAACACUAUCAAUGAAAAACUACUAAUCCAAAUACCAAUACAGAUAAUAAUGGAUAAAUCUUGGGUAUUACAAUUGA